AUGUCAGAAGCUGAACAGACUCCACAGCAACCCAGACUGGCUCCUAAUCAGCCUAGCAACCAGCAGGAGAUCGACUCGCGGUCUGUUUAUCUGGGCAAUGUGGACUAUUCGGCUCUACCCGGGGAUCUGAAGGAGUUACUUGAUGACUGUGGGGUCAUAAACAGAAUAACCAUUCUGUACGAUAAACACACCGGGAAGCCUCGUGGAUACGCAUUUGUGGAGUUUGAAACGCACGAAGGCGCGCAAAAGGCUGUCGCCAUGAACGGCACAGAAUUCCGCGGACGUACUUUGACAGUUACCCCAAAACGGACCAAUUAUCCAGGAAUCACCAACGCCAGACGGUAUUCGGGUGCGCCCCCACAGAGGGGGAGAGGACGCGGCGGACGCGCUACUGCCUGGAGAGGGCGUACGCACCAUCUGAGGGAAGACGAUGCUAAAAACGAGGAGCCCCCGGAGACGUCACCCGAAUAA